GACUCUGAAUUAUCAAAUUCUUCUGAGAAAGACAGCUUGCCGUCGCUUGAUGAAGUCCCGACUUAUAUGAGCAAUGAUGUUGAUCGAAUUUCCAUAUCCAGUUCCAGUUCUGAUAUCAAACCUUCAAAUCUUGAGCUAUCUCAGCUAGGCCCUGAACCAAUCGUUAUCCUUUCAAGCUCGGACUCUUCUCCAAAAUCACCAAUUUCACCCGUGUUGGAGACCAGCUCUGACUUUGAGUCGGAUCAAGGAUCUUUGGAACGUCCAACCAAAUCGCCAGAAAUAGAAUUCUACGAAGGCAAUCAAAGUAUGCCAAUCUUUUCUUCGAUUGAUAAGAAAUUUGGGGUAAAAGAAGCAGUGUCAGUAAUAGUAAAUACAAAGGAUCAUUUGGUAACCAAGUUACCUUUUAGCUGCAAGGAAACUAAAAUUUUUGUUGUUGACACGAGUAAAUUAGAACAUCUGGAAGAUAUACGAUCACACGAACUUGGAGCCAUGAAAAAUGAGAGAGUUCAAAGAGACUACGUUUCUAUUGCUGAUAAUGAGAAAGUUAUAAAAGUCUUGAGAAAAAAUCCCAGCGUCAUGAGACAUGGCAUCUACAUGCUCAAAAGGUCUUACUAUUCCUUAAAAAGCGACGCAAGUUUUAAAAGAAGAAUAUACGAACUUUUUGAUUGGAAAGGAAAUCAACAUAAAGUAGUCAUCUUGCAGUUUGUUUUCCAUGGAAAUACCCCCCCACCAAAGCCAAGACCUCAUGGAAAUAGCAAAUCGGGAGGAAUCUAUGUACGGACAACAAAGUCAACAGUUGAAAAGGUAAAUAAGGAGAUGAAGCCAAAAGAUGCUUUUGAAAACGCAUUCGAAUCUGUCGGCGGCUUGGAGGCAGAGAGCAUGUGUAAAAUCCCCAGAAAUAUAAAGCAGAUUUAUAAUAUUAAAAAUUCAGCAUCCGGAGGGGAUAAAGGAUCAAAGGAUAAAGACGAUUUGUUUUCAAUCAUACAACACUGCAAAUCGGAACAGUCCAGGACUAAUCCUUUCAUAAGGUCCAUUCAAGCUGCACCCGAACCCAUGUGCGUCUGUGUAACUGACAGGCAGUUAUCAGAAAUGGAGAAGUUCCUCACUAACCCUGCAGAGACGGCUGUAUUAGGUAUAGACCCUACUUUUAAUUUAGGCCAAUUUCUUGUAACAGUUGCUACAUAUAAACACUUACAACUUCGACAUCGACGAACCGGAAAUUCCCCUACAAUGAUUGGUCCCGUUCUCAUUCACCAGCAGAAGCUUCCAAUGUCAUAUUCCUACCUGGCAAGCACAUGUACAUCUCUCCGGCCUGGUCUAAGCGAAAUUCUUUUCAUUGGAACAGACGACGAGAAGGCCAUUUUUAAGGGCGUGAAAAAUUUCUUCCCUCAAAGUUUGAAUAUUAAAUGCUUUCGGCACAUGCGAAAUAACAUUUCAAGAAAACUCCAAGGACUUGGUGUUUCAGAAUCAACCAUUGGUGAGUAUAUCAGAGAUAUAUUUGGUGUGAAACGUGAUUCCGAGGUGGAAUAUGGAUUAGUCGAUGCCACCUCGGAAGCAGAGUUUGAUACAGAGUUAAAGAAUUAUGAAAUAAUUUGGAAUGAAAGAGAAAUUGAAGACCGUAAAACAAACGACCCCCUAUUUUAUAAAUGGUUUCUCAAGGAAAAGGCGGACACAUUUAAAGAACAUCUUCUGUUACCCCUGAGAAUAUCUGCAGGACUUGGUUAUGCCGAGUAUACCACAAAUGCAAACGAAUCCGUAAACAAGAAGCUGAAAGAAAAAAAAGUAGACUACAAAGAAUCUCAAUUAGGAGAAUUUUGUACAAAACUAUUUUCUUUAGUUGACAGUCAGAACAAAGAUGUUGAAAAGGCCAUAAUUGGAGUUGGGCCUUACGAAUUGAGACCUGAAUACAAACAAUAUGAAAUAUGCCAAACAGAUUGGUUUAAAUUGUCAAGUAGCACCCGACAAGCCCACCUUAAAAACUUUGUGAAGGCUCCCCCUAAGCCAUCACGUCACUCUGUAGACAGCGAGGGUGCCUCCACUUCGGGAACUUCAAGAUCCACUCGUGGCAUAAGUAUUGGAUUUGAGGAAACUGGAUUAUCAGAACAUGUUUUCCAAAAGGUUUGGGAAAAAGCUGUGGAGAUCUUAGAAAAAGAUAGCAAUAUUGUAAAUGCACCUGGGGACGGUACCGCAAUGCUUGUUGUGAGCAAAUCCAAAAAAAAUCCUCACUUUAUUGAAACAUUUAAAAGUGGAAAAAUAGAAUGUCCGUGUGAUGGAUAUAAAGCCAAGCAAAUAUGUUCUCAUGCUGUAGCUGUUGCCGAGAAAAAAGGAACUCUAGAUAAAUUUUUGCGUUGGUAUAAGAAAUGCGGAGAACUAAGCAUUUCAACGAUUUCGAAAGAGAAAAUGCCCCAAAAACCUCAAAAGAAACCGGGACAUAAGGAUAGAUCGACAAAGAGGAAAUCCACUAGCCAGUAUGAAUUUGAAGACGCAUUGUCUACGAAACGAAGAUCGCGUUAUCCAGUGGAUAGCACAGUGACCGCAUCUGACGAUUUAGAGAACAAUUACUUUUUGAAAUUUUUAAAAGGUACAAAAGUAAGAGUGUGUUACGGGUGUUCAAAGGCAAUCAGAGUACCCCCAUUCGUACCUGCUCCCCCUUAUGAUGUAGUGAUUUGCAGGAAGGAAUAUCGGGCCUAUAUGCAAGAUGGCAUUACGAAACUCACUCUUACGCCUCAAAAUGUCCAUUAUCAUUUAAAGAAGGCAUGUCUUACGACGAAGAAUCCGGAAUUUACCGAAGACACUCUCGUUAUUUGCCCUCCUGAUGUCGCAAUGCAGCUACAAGACGUGCAUAAGACUUAUCUUAAGUGUUUUAAUGUGAAGUACUAA